AUGAGUGGUGUUCGAGUCAAAAGCGUUCUUAACAUCCUGACAAUCAAAAUGGAUCCCAUGUCAGCGGGCCUAAUAACAGUGGAUUUCCUUCUGAUUUUUACCAUUAUUUUCACUAACACAUUUGCAAUCGUCUUUAUAUUGAAGAAAUCAAAGAGAAAUUCUAAAAAUUUACUUUUAGUUUCUCUAUCCCUUUCAGAUAUUGCCGUUGCAAUUUUUGUUAUUCCUAACGUUAUUUUCUUGAAAUUGCACAACUCUUCUGUAAGCCCAAUCAUAUGCCAAAUUUGCUUGUACGCAGAAUACAUGGCAAGUGCAGCAAAUGUCUUUUCUAUUUCCGUUCUGGCUUUGGACAGAUUCAGAGCUUUAGUUUAUCCUCUACAAAACAAGGACCCAAGACGCGAGGUGGUAUACGGCAGUAUUGUACUGAUUUGGGUUGCAUGCCUUUUCUAUGCUAUACGGGCACCUGUUGUUUUCAGGGGUAAGAUGUUCAAAGUUGGAAGCGGCAACUCGACGACUGUAAAGUAUGGAUGUGCUGUACCAGACCCUCUUCUAAGUCUGCAUGCUGGAUUUAUUGUGCUCGACUUCGUCAUUCUCUUUGCCAUCCCAGCUUUAAUUUUAAUUGGCUGUAAUGUUAAGGUUUCUCUAGAACUGUGUAAUAACACACCUGUAGCAUCCACGAUGCCAGAGACCAUAGCAAAGAGACGCAGAAGGGCCGUGCGAAUUUUGCUUAUCCUGAUUUUAAUAUUCAUUGUUCUCAAUUUUCCGCUACAUUCUUUUCGAUUGGCCAGACAUGUCUUUAAGCAGACUAUUACUGGAGCGUCAACAAUCGGACAUAUAUUUCUGAUUCUUACCUUUACCAACAAUUCCUUGAACGUUUUCUUCUACGCUUUGCUGAACGAGGACAUAAAGACGGCCUGCUUGAUGUGUUGCAAAAGGGGAAGAAAUCAGGUGGUUCCUUCCGCUAGUACUAAUCAAACAAAUAAGACAAUCCAACAACCAACCAGGAAUCCGCAUGUGUCAUAGUGUAUCCAGGAGUGAUGAUUUAUAAUUUUGUUUGUCAGUCAUUCUACGAUUGCAGAGCCAAUUCAUGGUAGAUGUACAUGUACUUAUAUACAUGUAUAACAUGAAAAAAUAAGUAGCUUUAUAUAGCCAAUUUACACCAUAUAAACAAAUUCUUUAAACAAUGUUUCACUACACUUAACAAGCUAAUUCAGAGAAUUCGUGUCCCCCGCUUAGGGAAAAAGUCGGAUCCCCCUGACUGAAUUUGUAGAAUUAUUAAAAGUAUACAUGUAUACU